UUGCAGUUCAAUUUUUUUCCUGUAGAUGACAGUUGUUCUCUGUUCUGUCCCGCUGGAGACCUAACAAGACACGAAGAAGUCUGACCUCCAAAAAUGUGACAGCCUUGCUAAUCUAUCCCCGAUAUAUCGGUCUGAUUUAUCAGAAACAACGUCAAUAUGAAGACAUUUCAUAAUCACGGAACCUGUACAAUAUGUAUGGUCGUCUCAACAACACGUUUCAAAUACAUACAUUGUUAGACGUUUUACCAGUACAAGAUUUUACUCGAUUAUUGACCUGUUUUGUCUGGUAGAUAUAUGGAAAAACAUGCUUGCGUUUUCCUUGCAGAUCUUCAUGAGUUGACGACGGCUGUGUGUACUCUGACAUAAAUAAACAUGGUUGGAACCAAAACAUUAGACUUCUACACGGUAGAACUGUCGGAUACAGUAGGAUUCUGAAGAAUAAUUGUCAUACUGCAUUUAUUCGUGUAAUAUGAACGGUUGAUAGCUAACGAGUUACAAACUUGUUAACAGUUGGCUAACGUUAGCUACCAACAGUAACCCCGAGAUUACUAACUCUAGCUAGCUAGUGUACACCCAGGACUGUAAAGAUGUUGCAGUGUGUGUCUCGGUCGUGUUUGAGGAACGGGAGAAGCAUUGUCGACUACGUCGUCAGAUACGGCUGUACUCAGACAGCACGAGGUCUGUCGAGCUUGGGCUCCGGUAGCACCGUGAGAGCUCCACGUUCCUGGUCGGUUCACCCGGUAACGGACAUCAACCGAAGAGCCUUCACUGGGUCUGUGUCGGUGAGUUCUAGAAGAACCGGGGAUGUCCAGGAAUCACCGGGCGUUGAGGACUUCGGAUCUCUUUCCGCUGAUUUUUCCUCCAGACGGGCCUUCCGGAAGACCACCCCAGAGCUGCAGGAGAUGUUGUAUCGGGAGGAGAGGCAGGCGGCCGGGCAGGAGGAGGAGAGGGAGCCGGUGGCCUUCAGGUCUAGGACUGGGCGGAGGAACACACAGUACUGGUACUUCCUUCAGUGUAAAAGACUCAUCAAGGAGAACAAGCUGUCUGAGGCCCUGUCCAUGUUCCAGAGGGAGAUGUUGGAGGGAGAGAGACUCCCACCUGAGGAAUAUAACUACACUGUCCUGAUAGGAGGCUGUGGGCGAGCAGGACAUCUCAAACACGCCUUCAAACUCUACAACGACAUGAAGAAGAGAGGUCUGGUUCCUAGCGACGCCACCUACACCGCUCUGUUCAACGCCUGUGCCGAGUCACCACGGAAACAAGCCGGGCUGCAGCAAGCCAUCCACUUGGAGCAGGAGCUGCGGCGGAAGAACCAUCCCCUCAGUGACAUCACAUACCACGCCCUGCUGAAGACACACGCCCUCACCAACCACCUUCGAGCCUGUUUACACACACUGCGGGACAUGCUACAGGCUGGUCAUGCAGUAACUCAGGAGACCUUCCACUUCCUGCUGAUGGGCUGUGUGAGAGACAGAGUCACUGGCUUCAGACAGGCCCUGCAGGUGUAUCGUCAGAUGUUGAGGAUGGGGAUUCGUCCCGACGUCCAGAACUACAACCUGCUGCUCCGCGCUGCUAGAGAUUGUGGGAUAGGUAACCCCGCCGUGGCCUCUGCCCUGCUGCUGACCUCUGAUUGCGGCCAGGAAGGUCAAGCGGUAAAGGUCAGGGGUCAGGGGUCGGCUCCACUGGACGUCGACGCUCUGGAGAGUCAACUGUUCACACAACACCCCGACAACGACCUUAGUCACCAUAGCAAUGACCCUAGCAACAUCCUCAGACACCAUAGCGACCUGGACAGUAGUGUGGUUGCCCCGAUAACAACCCAACUGGUGAUGGUGAGGAAGGGAGGAGAGCAAGAGGCUCCCAUUGGUUCUCUCCCCUGUCUGUCAGGAACCAGUUCCCACCCCCCCAACCUGCUGGACCUAUCAGUGGGCAGGGCUGAAGAGGGGGGUGUGGUCUCGCUUGGUGUGGUGAGCGGAAUGUUUGAUAGGCUGGCGCUGAUGGGCGGGGCCCAGGGCUUCCUGGAUAAGAUGGCCACUGCGGGGCUCUGCCCAGACAUCAGAACUCUCACACUAUUAGCUGACACCAUGGAGCCCGGCAUCCAAUCACUGCACAGCCUGCUGGCGGUCGCUAAGCAACACGGUGUGAAGCUGGACGCAGCGUUCUACAACAGUGUGAUCCGCAGGGCAGCACGUGCUGGAGACCUACAAGAGGCUAAGGCAGUGAUGUGUGUGAUGCAGGAAAGACGUGUGCGUGCGGAUGUACGGACAUACGGAAGUCUGGCUCUGGGCUGCAACAGACAGACAGAUGCCCUACAGCUGCUGGGGGACAUGCAGGCGGCGGGGGUGCAGCCCAGUGUGCAGGUGUUCUCUGCUCUUAUUGGCUGUGCCAGCAGGAGGCUGGACUAUGUGUAUCUGAGGCUGGUGCUUAGAGCCAUGAGGGAACACAACGUCCCACCUAAUGACAUCAUCAUCACUCAGCUAGAACACGCCUCCCAGUACCCGCCCAACUAUAACCAGUAUAAGUUUAGGAACACCUACCUGUCUCAGAUUGAUGGUUUCCGUGGUUACUACCACCAGUGGCUGACCACCAUGCCUGCCCAGGAGACAGGAGGACCUGAGAGAGACCACCCUGCAGAGACGAGACAAGAUGGACACCAGCAGGCAGCAGCAGCAAGGCGACACCGCAAGCAACACAGCUGAACACACACACCUUUGUACCCGCACUCGCACACACACACUGCAAGCAUUGUAAAUGUGAGCGUCUACAACCCCAGAACCAUGAUGCUGUUACUCUGUGUCGUCACGUGUCCUGUAAAUAUCAGAUGAGGCUGGUGGGAGGACCUAUAGGAGGAUGGCCUCAUUUGUAAUGGCUGGAAUGGAGUAAAUGGAACAGUCAAUCAUGUGGUUUCCAUAUGUUUGAUGUCUUUGACACGUUUCAUUUUUUUCCAUUCCAGCCUCUACAAUGAGUCUGUCAUCCUAUAGCUCCUCCCAACAGCCUCCAAUGAAAUAUAUGUAAACUGUUAUGUUUCUUUUAUGUAAUAAACUUACAGUAAUAAAA